AUGGCAGAGGAAUAUAAGAGAGAAAGCUAUACAAACCUAUUAGAUGAAGAAGAAAGAAAGCACAAAGUUAAUAGGUCUCUUGUACAAAAAAUUAGUAGAAAUUCAGUAAAAUUAGUAGAGCACAGUAGCCAAUCGUUAAAGAAAGAUUAUAAAAAAGAAAACCGACCACCCAAAAGUCAAAAGAAAAUAAAACUCACAAACAAUUCUAAUCCCAAAAACAACUCAAUUCACAAUAUAAUGUCAAAAAUUUUAAACAAACUUAACAAGCUUGAAAGUCAAAAGGGGCCAUCAGCAGGAGACACCUUAGCUUAUUGCUCUUAA